AUGAGAUCUGCCCACUAUUUAAAUGAAGACAAUACCUUUAACGAUCUCUUCAUAAAUACUAAAGAUCGAUAUUCUUCGCGCUAUACUGCACCUCACUUAUCAGAAAACAGUAAUGUACUCCAAUUUAGAGAUAACCUAUCACGUGGGUUAUCUCGAGAAAGACGAGAACAACACAUAAUCAGUCACUUAUAUCGUUUAGAAGAGUUAAAUUUGGAGCGGAUUUCCUUGUUAAAGGAGAAAUUACGAUAUCAGUUCGAAAUCGAACGUAAUGUAAUAAUGACUGAAAACCACAAGGAAGCGGCAAAGCGAACUUUCGCAUUAGAGUGUAGACUCCAUGAGUUAUUGCGACAGCACGCGCCGAAUUAUUACCAACAUGAAGGACAACAAAAUACCUCAUCUUCUACAAAAACUAUUGCUUUUUACAUACUUUCCUCUCUAGUAAAUGCGGAUUCUUCACACGCGGAGGUGGAGUGCGAACUAAUUAACAAAAUAUUUUCAUCUGUUUUGAAAAAAAAUAUAAAUGAAAAUGAUAACCAUUCAAUAUCUAUAUUAUCAUUUAUGAAGACCUUAAUAGGUUGGAUUAGGUUACACUACAUGACCCGAUACGCAAUACAGUUUUAUCCUCUCUCUUCAAGAGUAGCCAUGAUGCGUCUCGCCCAUUUUAUGGACGACAAAUGGGAGAAUAACAAACAACUUUACCAAACAAUUAAUCAACGCCAACAAAAAGAACGAUUUAAAUCAAGAGAAGAACGGAAAAAACAACGAAAAAUAUUAGAAGAACGUCUCUAUAAGGCACAAAGAAACGCCUUUGAAGUUCGUAAACGUAUUUUUCUUUUUCAUGAGUUGCUUCAGGAUCAUAACGAUUUACCCAACAGUGAACACCUUGAUCCUGUAAAGUGUGCUGAGGUACUCCAACUCAUCCGAAAAGAUUUGAAAGAUGGAGAUAUUCAUUUCCUUUUACAGUUAAGUGCAGACAACGGCAAUUCCCUAAAGAAAAUUGUACAGUGA